AUUAUAAGUGUGGAAUCGUGGAGACAAGCUAAAAGCUCAAUCCGGCCGGGACCCGGACCUCUUUCUCAAGUCUCAAGUCUCAACCCCGGCUCUGUAGAGAGACCACCAUGAUCAACAUUCUUGUUCUUCUCCUGCAAAUGCUUUUGGGUUUCUUCGUCCUAUCCGUGCCAACACUAGCUGUAUUCCUGAACAUAGAUUGUGGCUCCUUGGGUUCUUUUACUGACGCCAACAAUAUCACUUGGGUUGGAGAUGAGCCCUACAUUAAAAGCGGUAAAAGCGAAACUGUUCCGAGUGCAGGUAAUUCACCAGUUGCUAUUCAAUACACAACUCGGAGAGUAUUUCCCACUAGAAACAAGAAUUGCUACUCCAUUGACGUGGGGAAGGGAGAGCGUGUUCUUCUCCGUGCAUACUUUUACUAUGGGAAUUGCAACAACAGUGAAACAUCAUCUACACCAACUUUUGAUCUUCACUUCGACGGCAACCGCUGGGGAAAAGUGGACAGUUGCAGAACAGACCCAUUUUACUACGAAGUGAUAUAUCUCACCAAGUUUGAUGCCAUAAGUGUCUGUGUUGCUCGGACAAGUCCUGAUCACCAACCAUUUAUUUCUGCAAUUCAAGUAAUAAGCUUGGAUUUAGGCAUGUAUGGUGGAGCUGAUCCAAAUUAUCCAUUGUUCUUCAAACGAAGAAUAAACUAUGGCGGAGAUAAAACUGUCAGGUUCCCCAUCGAUAAAUACGAUCGAAUUUGGUAUGACCAUCCAACCGCCGAAGGUUUCGUUACUGCGAAAAGCGACACCAGAAUUGUGGCUACAGACCUUCCAGAUAAGCCUCCAGAAUUCGUAUUACAGACGGCACUUUACAACCAAAAUUUGUCCGGUUCUUUUUCCUUAACAUUCUCUAAUCUGACAGCCACUAAGAUGUACACCAUUUUUUAUUUCUCCGAACUGCUAAACCUCAAUUUCUCGGACAAGCGUUCCUUUUCCAUUUACAUCAACGGUGAAAAUAUUUCCCAUCCCAUAAUUCCACCUUAUAAAAGUGCUUUAGAGCUCAACUUCACUUCAAAUACAUCUGCAUACGAGGGUGGAUAUAAUGCAACGUACUACUUCUACCGCACAUCCGACUCCACUCUUCCCCCAAUACUCAAUGCGCUGGAACUCUUUCAAGUGGGAACCCCACUAACAGAUGGAACAGAUAAUAGACAUGUGAGAGUGCUAUCUAUGCUACAACAAACUUUUGUUCAACUUCAAAAUUGGAGCGGUGAUCCCUGUCUUCCAAACGGUUUCCCCUGGGACUGGGUUCUAUGCUCUAUCAAUACCGAGACACCUCAAAUUACGGCAUUGAAUCUCAGUAACUACGGACUUCAGGGAUCUCUCCCAGAUUUUAGCGCCUUGGAUACUCUCCAACURAUAGACUUGAGUAAUAACAGUUUAAGUGGAGAAAUUCCUAGCUUCCUGGGAAACCUUCCCAGCCUAAAUAUGCUAAAUUUGGCAAAUAACAGCUUUAGUGGAUUAAUACCUUCCUCACUCACCAACAAUAACAACUUAACACUGGUUUAUUCAGGCAAUGUUGAUUUAUGCGCUCCCAAUCAGUCGUCUUGUGAUAAAUCUGUAAAUGGAACUUCGAAUUUGCCGCACCCCACCAACAGCCAGAGUAGCAUCAGUAAAAAUCUGCCAAUCACAAUUGGAAUUGUAAUUUCAGUGUUGGUUCUUGUUUCUUAUUGAAAUAAAUACCUGUAGAUUUCUACAAUGGAUCAAGUUUACUUUAGCUUGUAGAACUAAUUAGCUAGAUUAGAGAGUUGAGAUAUUAAUAUCAAUUGGCAAGAAGAGAAGUUAAAAGGUGCUGUUUGAGAAGAAAAUGCAUCAAUCCAUAUUUGUAAACUGAAGUGGCUGUAACAGUGUUUCCUCCUACCCAUGUGGAGCUUUGUUGAGAGAAUUGAAGAAAGAGAGAAAGAGUCCAAAUCCUAGAAUUCUGUGGAGA